AUCUCUCACAAAAGAUUCCGAGAGAUAUUACUUUGUUUCGAUUGGCUUUGGUGUUAGUUUUUUUUUACCGUUAAAUAAUGGCGGCAGCAAAGUUAGUAGCAAAAUAGGUUCUCUCGUGGCGCAAUCUAGGAAAGAAAGCGAGGCCGAGAGGAACCACCUUAAGGAAAAUGGACUAAACCGAAAGAGGUGCUCCGAGGAACUCCAAAACUGGGCGUGGCCUAGGGAUUUCGGAGCCCUGUGAGGAGCUCCACGAGGGUGGGGUCAGAAGUCGGGACUCUAGCUGCGCGUGCGCAGUUCGAACGGACUCCUGCGCUUCUAGCUACGGAGACAUGGAAUUUUGCGCUGCUCGCCGAGCUAUACUUCAACUGCUGGGUACGGUGGCUCCCGCUGACCGCCCAGCGCUGCUGCAGUGGAUGCGAACUACACGAGAUUUUGAUGAAUUCACUCAAGAUAAUAACGACAUUAUGUUGAAAAACAUAGCAGAUGACCUUCGGAAUUGCUUACCUUUAGAAACCAUGCUUUCUUCAGAACAUCUAGCCCUUCAAAAAAUACAGCAGCAGCCAAAACCCACAGUUCAUGUUGAUGCAUUCCUUUAUGAUGAAGACUUUAUUGAUUCAUUAUGUGAGGAAGGAAAAAUGAGCAGAAACUACUGUAUGGUGUGUGGCUCACACCAAACAGCACCUUUAGGAUUUAUUUCUCAUUCCUUCUCCCUCAUGGAAUUGAAGUUCAUUUAUCAUCAUGUACUCCCUGAUCUGUCAGGAAAGGUCUUGGUUGACGUUGGCUCCAGACUUGGCACAGUCCUUUUUGGGGGUUACCUUUACAGUUCAGCAGAGCAACUCUAUGGAGUAGAAUUGAAUGGAGACUUUUGCCAGCUACAAGAAAUGGUCAUAAAAAAAUACCAGUUCAAUGAUAGAAUAAAGGUGCUUCAUGCAGAUAUCUGCACCCAGGGUUCACUUCUGCAAAAUGCUGAUGUUGUUAUAAUGAAUAAUGUCUUCGAAUAUUUUCUUAAUGAGGAAGAACAGGCCAGAGCCUGGGAAUACAUCAGCCAUAAUGUAAGGAAACAAGGAUCAUUAUUACUAACAGUGCCAAGUCUUGAAGAAUCUCUCUCAGUUCUUCAGACUAAUAUACAGUUAUCUCCCUGGGUCAAAGAAGUACCACUGAACUAUGAUGAAUGCCUACCAGAAGACACUGAUAGAGAAGCUCUUGAACAAAUUCAUCUAUAUGAGAUUCUCUAGCACCAAAAUAGUCCUACCUAGUAUAAUGUUUUGUUGAGUUUAUUACAAAAUAAGGAAGAAAUGUAUCUUCAAUGUCCUAAAACAUAUUUUUCUGUAUAUUCCCUUUCAAAAUUUGUACCUAUGCUAUAUAUUUAUAGAUAGUUGUAUAUGUACAUACGUAAUUGUUAUAUAUGUAUACAUACAACUUCUGCUUUGUGUGAUAAUUAAAGUAUUUAUCUGAA